AUGAUGAUAUUAUUUAUUUUAUUUUGGUUCAACAUAAAAAUUGUUAUUGCUUAAUAUUUUGUUUAACUGCAUAGUUUGUGAAGCGAAGAGUUUCCAUAAGUUACAUACAGGAAUAUGAUAGGUGAUGAAACCGAAUACUUACAGCCAGUGCUAGGAACACUUCCAUCUCAAAGAUUUAAACCUAUGAAAUCAAGAUGGGUGGCUGCUCUUUUACUCAUUUUAAUUGUACUUGUGGAGAUCUCAGGUAUUGUGAGUGCGCUAUACUGGCCUCAUACGACACUCAAGUGUGAACCACUGUACUUCAUCCUCUAUUGUCAUGCUGCACUGUGGAUUCUUGUGCUGUUCCUGGACCACGGGUUGAAAUGGCAUCACAACAAACUGAGGCUGGAAGGUUAUUUAAAAGCUUAUGAGCAGAUGACAAAAAUAGGAUCUCUUCCAUUUUACAUUGUGUCUUUUGCGCUGUUGGGUUCCAGUGCCAAAGUCGUACCCAAGUAUACAUCUGUGCGGGUUCACGAUGACCUUCUAAAGGAAUUAGAUGAUUUACUCGGAGAUGACACGUGUCAUGGAUCUUUAGAUUGUAGAUGCCCUGUGUGA